AAGAGUCCAGAAUCGUAGAGCACUCGCGCCAAUUCUUCUCUUUGUAGUUGAUUGUUAUUGCAUUCGCAAGAAGGGAGACAAAAUUUUGCUUAAAUGUGAUUAAAUAAUUACUUAAAAUUACGUGUAUACGACACUUGACAAGUUGUAAAGUUAUCAAUUUGAAUUUAUAAUAAAAAUUGGAUUAAACAUUAAAGAUCUGUAAUUAAAAAAAUGUUUUCUUUACAGGGAAUGUUUAUCGUCAGCCUACCGUAUGGAGUACUCCAUGGAGGCUAUUGGGGUAUCUUCUCACUCCUCUUUGUUGCCUAUAUCUGUUGUCACACAGGAAAAAUCCUCGUCGCCUGCCUCUACGAGCCAAACGAGAAAGGAGAACUGGUACGUGUACGAGACAGUUAUGUCAGUAUUGCACGGACUUGCUUAGGUGACAGAUGGGGCGGCAAAAUGGUUAAUUGUGCUCAGAUCAUAGAGCUGCUUAUGACGUGUAUAUUGUAUGUCGUGCUCUGUGGCGAUCUAAUGAUCGGCAGUUUCCCAGAAGGUCCAAUAGAUCAACGAUCCUGGAUGAUGAUCUCUACCAUGUUUUUACUGCCAUGCGCUUUUCUCCGCAAUUUAACGGCGGUUUCAUGGCUGAGUUUCUGGUGCACUAUGGCUCAUCUGUUGAUUAACGUGGCCGUCCUCGGUUACUGCUUCUAUAAGGCACCAGAAUGGGUAUGGAGCAAAGUGCAGUUCAGAAUUAACAUCCGUAUGUUUCCAGUAACCUUGGGAAUUGUCGUAUUCAGUUACACUUCGCAGAUAUUUUUGCCUACACUAGAAGGAAAUCUGACAGAUCGUUCUAAAUUCCAUUGUAUGUUGAACUGGAGUCAUAUUGCUGCCGCCUUAUUUAAAGCCGGAUUUGCUUGGGUAGCCUUUCUCACUUGGGGAGAUCAGACACAAGAAGUCAUCACUAACAACCUACCUACUAAAGGCUUCAAGUUAAUUGUCAAUCUUACCCUCGUUAUUAAGGCGUUGUUCUCUUACCCGUUACCCUAUUAUGCAGCCGUUGGAUUAUUGGAAUCGGCCUUCUUCAAAGGUCCUCCAUACACCAAAUUUCCAGUGUGUAUCGCAAAAGAUGGCGAAUUACGGAUUUGGGCAGUGACGUUAAGACUGUUACUUGUUAUUGCGACAAUGUUAAUGGCUAUAAGCAUCCCCCAUUUCGCUUUGUUGAUGGGUCUAAUCGGCAGUUGCACCGGAACCAUGUUAUCCUUUGUCUGGCCCUGUUACUUCCACAUGAAGUUAAAGUGGGAUACAAUGAAUUGGUAUAAUAUAAGUUGGGAAAUUUUUAUAAUUUGUAUUGGUUGUUUCUGUGGUGUGAUUGGUAUCUAUUAUUCAGCUUCAGCCUUGGUGGAUGCAUAUCACAUUCCAUUACCGUAUGUACCCCAACAACCAGUCUGAACGCAAAUAAUGUAACGUAGUAACUUCAUUUCUUGUCGUUUACCCGUGUUAGUAAGUAGCUGGUGAGGAGAAUUCUUUAUAAGACGAAUGGUAACAAGUAGCCAGGAUGAAAACAUCAAGAAUAACAUAGAAAUCUUCCAAACAAAAAAUUUUAUUCAAUUAUUCCCAAUGCCAAGUAUGUCUUCCAAGAUCUUCAGUCACUUUUUAAUCAUAUCAAGGUAUCGCCUGGUGCCUACAUCUACGUCUUCCUUAGAUAUAUCCAAAGUUGCUGAAUUUGAUAUCUGGAGUAAUUGUUACUUAUUUAAUAUUCGAAUGUUUACUGUUAAACAACAGUAUAUAUACACACAUAUAUAUAUAGUAACGGGUAUUUUACGAAUAGGGCUAUAAUUUUUGAUUUAAAGAAAUAUUUUUAAGCUAUAUUAGCUUUAUCGUACAUUGGUAGAUUAUAUUUCUCGCAUUAUUUUCCACUUUAUGCUAAAAGUCUUCCAUAUAAUAAGCUGUAACAUUGUAUCUAUAAUCCAUGCAGCCUAAGUUUGACCUAGUCACAAGAGGGCCAAUCAUUAAAAAGCACACGAAACAAACUCAAAAUGAUUAUCUUCGAAUUCUAAUUGAUUUUUUAAAAUCAUAAUUAAUUUUCCAUUACUUUUCAACGGAAAAAAAUAUAACUGACUUAGCCCUUUAGCGGUCAGGUCAAACUUAUAAUUGAGCGGAGUAUAAAUGUAUUUAUUCUGUGAUAAACCCAACAAUCAGAUUCAGCAGCAUUGUUAAAAUUUUAACUAAAAAACAAGAUGUCUUCCAGUACAGUGCCAAAUUAAGGCAUACGUGUAUUCAUUAUCUGAUAUAGGUCCAGUAUUCGCGUUAUUUUAUUGAUGUGCGCUCUAAAAAAUGAUAUAUUUACACCCUGUUCGUUAUUAAAAGAUUAAACGAAUGUUAUAAACUAAAAUAAUUGCAUAUAUAUAUAUAUGAUAUAUAUAUAUAUACAUAUUCCAGUUUUAUAUAUCUAGUCAAUAUUGUAUGUCUUCCAAAUAUAGUCAGCUGCUUAUCGAGGUAUUGCACUAUUGCAAUAAGAAAAAUCAUUACAGAAAUGCAAUAUUGCACAUAUAUGUAAUCCAGGAGAGAUAUUAGGGAUUAAUUAAUUAAAUAAUUAUUGCACAAAUAAUCAGUUGCACCAUACGAUAACAGCUUUUGGGUCUUCCAAUUGGGAACAUUUAAGAAAUGUUCUUUCGUGUGCGCUUUUAUUUCGAUAUAUUUAUAAAAUAUAUUUUUAUAUUCUUAAUUUAUGCCUUUAAAAAAUAUUUAUUUAAUUAUAUUUAUGCGAGAAAGUGAUUUAAUUUUCUAAAAUUCGUAUUUAAAUAUUCGAAAAUGCGAGACGAUCCCGAAGUUUUUCAAGGUGAAGGUUGAAGCACCAAAAUUGAAAGGGUAUAUGCGAAAGAGAAUGAUAUAUACGGUAAUUAUUAGUCCAUAUUUUUAACACCAGUGUAAGUGCGGCGCUGCAAUUUACCGGGCUAAGCAAUUUCGUAAUAUUUCCAUUUGGAGUGGCAGUAUGGAAGCUUGUGUGCUUCCAUCGAGAGGGUCUAGAAUCGAAUCUCGCUCAGAGGGGCUACGCUCUUAUUCCUUUCACGUAGCUCUCUUAUAGAAUAGGGGACGUAGAGAAACACAAAUUUCAUAUUAUUCAUGUUACCAGAGCGUGUCGACUGCGCUAUAUUUAAAACUGUGUUAAAUAUACUACAAAAUCAAAACAACAUACCCCAAGUAAGAAAAAUCAUUAAGUUAAAAUUAGGCAAAUUCUGGUUAAUCAGCAGAGUGACUGCCCUAAAGAAACAGCGCCAAAUUUCCCCUAGUGUUAAAAAUAUGAACUAAAGUCAUAUUCUUUCGCAAAUAUCUAUAAAUUUCCCAAAUUAGUAUAAAUAUAUAGGCCUAUAAGUAAAUAUUUAUAAUUUUCCCGAACAAAUAGGAAAUUAAUAAUGUUAAAAUAAUUUUUAAAAAUUAAUAUAAAGGAUAAUAAAUGUAGAAUUUUAUAUUUAUUUCUCUAUGAAAUAAGUAUAAAGUAAAUAUGAGAAAAAAUAAACAACACGAACGUUUCAAUCGGGUUACAAAGGAAAUCUUCUUCUUUAUAGUCAAUGUAUUCAGAGAUAAUUUUCAAAUUAUCUUUAAUUACGUUAGAGCUAUAAUGAUACUGUCUGGUAGACCAAUUGAUUAUAAUAAAUCAGGAAGAUAAUUAUAUAUUCUUUUAUGAAUUUUAUGUAUGUUUGGUUAAGAAAUUCCUUCUUCGAAUUUGAUCAAUUUUCCUGAUUUUUGUUACAGAAGCGUAUUAAUUUAUGUAUUUUAAUAUAAUAAAAUUUAUUAUAGCACUGUUACGUAUACUUUUUAAAAAGGUUCAACGUUCUGUAGAAAUUUCAUUUGUGUUAUCUGUUUAAAAAUAUAUAUAUAUAUAAAUUAUUUACACUUCAUACAAUCACCCCCACGCGACGCGACGCGACGCGACCAAGCGCAGCACCGUACAAUAGACACAUUUAACCAAUUUAUUAAAGGAAAUUUAAUUAGAAACACCCCAGAAACCGAUAAUAAAGUUAAUUUUUAGUUA